CCAGGGGCAGAUCUAGAUGGCACCUACCUUUUACCAUUACUGGCCUGUGCCCGCUGACAAAUCAGAGUCAAUGCUGCAAGAUUGGAAGCUGAGGAGGCAGAACUGGCUGGUGGUCUUGGGGAUCCUGUUGGUGCUGGGUCUGUGUGCGGGCCUGAUUGUCUUCGCUGUCAGGGCCAACAGCAAAGCCUGCAAGGAUGGCCUCCUAGCAGAGCAGGAGUGUCUCAAUGUCACCCGUCUCCUGGAGCUCCAGCUAACCCAAACCCGGCAAGACUUACUAGGGACCAUGGACCAGGCUGCCACCUGCAACCAGACUGUGGUGAACCUGUCAGCUUCCCUGGAGAUGGAGAAGGCCCAAGGUCAGGAGCAGCUCAUCCAAAAAGAGGAGCUUCAGGGAGAGAUUGAGAAAUUGAAGCAGAAGCUGCAAGACGCUUUGGAGGAGGUAGAGCGACUAAGAAAAGAGAAGGAGGCCUCAAGCACGGAAGGGGAAACCAGCUUUGGCAGCUCCUUGCAAGCACUCAGCCCCUUGAUGGUCCCUGUGUACCUGCUCCUGGGCCUCAUUGCUCUGCUGGCCUGAGGCCUGCCGUACCCAGGUCUGGGAACCCCUCCUCCAGAGAGCCUCUCUGCUUCUUCAAAAUCCAGAGCUGCUGUCUCGAUAGACUCUUUGUCGACUUGCACGGAUCCUCCCAGGCUCCAUCAACCCUUCCCCCUCUGUUAUCUCCCUUUCUCCAAGUCCUUCUGGAAUCCUAACAAUCGUCCAGGCCACUUCCUGCCAUUGCACUGGAGCUGAGACCUUUGUGUCCGUCAGCACUGUUGACUCUUGCGCUGCGUUGGGCUCUGCCGUGGAGGCUGCCCUGGGUGCUGCAGGAUCUUGAGCAACUUCCCUGGCCUCCACGCACUAGAUGCCCAUACUGUUACCCACCCCACCCCACCCCCACAUUGUGACAAUAAAAAAAUGCCUUCAGACA